AUGAGCCAAUUGACACUUGCUUCACGACUCAAGCCUGAAAUUCGACUGGCGCAAGCAGUGUCGCUCUAUGAAGCUGACCUUUCUGCCGACCAAAAGGCGAGAUUUCGCGCAGACAAGUCUCGACUACGAGAUGCGCCUCCUAGUAUCAGAGAUGUUAUGCGGCUCACUGCUGAGAUAGACCAGGCGGCAUCUGGGAAAACGCGCUGUUUGGGACCUCGCAUGGUUAAUGUACUGCAAUCCGUUCAGCAGUUUGCUGCCCUUGGGGACAUCAUCAUAGGCGGUUCGCAGAACCUCAUUGCUUGUGGAGUCUGGACAUUGGUUCGGACGUCUCUGCUGUUAAUCUCAAACCACUCUUCAUAUCUUGAAAGAUUGUCGACUGUUUUCAUGGAGGUCGGUCGCUUGGCUCCCCGCCACGAGAGAAUGGCUCUGCUAUAUCCUCGUUCCAAGGAUCUGCAGUCAUGCAUGUGUGAAUAUUUCAUCGUGGUUGUCAAUCUGUGCCAUAAACUCUUGAAAUUUACCCAAAAGUCGAGUCUCGCGCAGUUCAAAGCAUCUGUUGCCGACGGUGACUUGAAAACAUCCCAAUCUAACCUCGAGCUUUGGGCCACGAGGAUCAGAGUCGAAGUGCAAAUGCUGAUGGCCGAGGCAAUUACAGACGAAGCUGUAAAGAACUCAAACUUCAGAGAUUUCUCGAAAACGCUCUCCAAAUCCAGUUCCUACAAGCGCCAGCUCAACAUGUAUCUGAAAAUGCUUGACUUUUGUUCCAUGUACGAUCACACAGUGACUUGGAAACAGAACCGAAAAGCCGGGACGACACGGCUGUUUUGUGACAGUGCCGAGUACAAGGACUGGAAGGACCAAUCCGGCUCUGUGACUCUUGUUUAUACUGCCAGCCUUGGAUCUGGCAAAUCAGUCUUACUGGCUAACCUCGUGGAUGAUCUCCAUCUUCAUGUUCAAGACAGCAACGUCCCAGUGGUCUACUUUUUUUGCCGAUAUGAUAUCACCGAGAGUCUUCAGGCCCGAAGCAUCAUUGGUUCUAUUGCUCGGCAGUUGUUAGGACGCAUGCAGUCCCAAUGCCUAAACUCCGAUCUUGAGAUGGGAUAUUUCCUUGAUAGAAAUAAGCUUGGAAAUUUUGAGACUAUAUUUUUCUUACUGCAGCGUGUCUUGGCGUCUGAUUUCCAAGCAUACAUUGUCAUUGAUGGAAUUGACGAAUGUGAAUAUUCCGAAAGACGGAUAUUGAUGGAGGAACUCAAAAGACUGCAAGAUACGUUCGCGAUACGUCUCUGUAUUUCCCUUCGACUCGAGCCCAACAAGCCUUUGGAAGUCAAUACAGAUGGCUUGAUGCAUACCACGAUCUCGCCAAUUCCUGACAAUUCCUCCGAGAUUGGAGCGUUUAUUCAAGCAGAACUGGAGAGCUGCAUAGAAUCUCAAAGGCUCGUGGUUGGAGACCCGCAUUUAAUCUUGGAGAUAAGGGAUACCCUCUCGCAGCGAUCUCAGGGCAUGUUUCUUUGGGUUGUGCUGCAAAUUGAGACAUUGUGCAUGAUGGACUCGGAUCAUGCCAUCCGCCAAGCCUUGGAGGACCUCCCUAGUAACCUUCGGGAGACAUUUUCUCGCAUUCUACAGAGAUCUGAGAGACCUGGAAUACUCACCCAACGAGCUGUACUGGAGCUGAUCACCGCCGCCCACAGCCCGUUAACCACGGAACAAAUCCGAGAAGCAUUAAGCGUGGUUCCAGGCAAUACAGUCUGGGAUCCAUCAAGACUCCCCAAUGACAUAAAUGCUACGCUCGCAUGCUGUGGGUGUCUCAUAACACUGGAUGAGGAGGAGCUCACUGUCCGGCUUGUGCACUCUAGCUUCAAGCAAUUCCUACUAGACGAGCCCGACUAUGUCAACCUUGAGUCUGCACAUGAACGCAUGACAGGUAUCAUCAUCACCUACCUGAGUUACGACAUGUUCGGAACCCAGCUUUCAACGACAGUCAUUCCUGAAAUCAAAGCUGGAUCAGUCCCCGCAACAAUCGCAGAGACUGCUUUACCAUCCUCGGGCAACAUUCGGAACCUUGCACUGAAACUAUUAAGGUCUAAGUGUGAGACCGAGUUUGAUAUUGGCAAAACACUCGCGAUGGCAAGGCCAAGCCGUCAUAUCUUGAACCAGUCUCAUUUGCGAAGCUAUGCACAGUUGUAUUGGUGUUCUCACCUUCUCAAAUUCAAAGGGUUGAGUCGGAGAUUAAGCCAGUUACUAAUCGGUCUUCUGGAAGCGAAACGGCUGUCUCCGGUUUCAGAAAGUAUAAGGUCUUUUCCGAGUUACACUCUACUUUAUGGAUUCGCGGAUUUCAGACUUGAUCUCGGAAUUUGGACAAACAGAGACCUUUGGAAACAGACCUUUGAACCUCCGAUACUGCAUCUUGCUGUUGUAAGCGGACAUGAUCUAUUUGUUGAUGCGGUGAUCAACCACGGCGGCUUCGAUAUCAAUUAUAGGGACCCUACUGCACAAACAGCAAUUCUGCUGGCUGCCGUUACAAAAAACGUCAAGAUAUUUGAGUCUCUUCUUGGCGUGGAAAGCAUUGAUGUGUCCGUCAAAUCCUGGCUUGGAUACACUCCACUGCACAUGGCGGUACUUGACUCGUCUGAGGACCUACUGAAAAUAAUGAUUGAGUCCAAAAAGUUCGACCUCAACGUUCAGGAUGACACGGGCAGAAGAACUGCCUUGCAUAUAGCCGUAUUACACCGCAAGGCUGACCUGGUAGAGCUACUUCUGGGGUCCGAUUCAAUUGAUACCAGCAUCUUGGAUGAAACCGGACUCGGCCCCAUUCACCACGCGGCAAGGUUUGAGCGAUCAUCGACUGUCAUGAGAAUUCUCACUCGGUCUAGCAAAGUUGAUGUCAACCUGAGAGAUCGCGAAGGGAGGGCUGCAAUUCAUAUUGCGGCUCUUAAAGAAGAGAAACAACAAUUUGCCCCGGAGUAUGCAAAGUCUACACUUGCAGUACUUCUUGCCUCUGAGAGAAUCGAUGCCAAUGCAAGAAAUAAGGAUGGAAUGACUGCACUCCAUCUAACUAUGGUGAAUAUACGAAGCGACAUGUCAACUCUGCUCUUAUCCCCCAAAGUAGAUGUCAAUGCAAAGGACUCUGAUGGAAGAACAGCCUUACACAAAGCUGUGGUGCAAGGAAAGACAGCUCAUAUAUCACAGCUACUUUCUCGCGACGACUGUGAUAUAAAUGCCAGAGACAAUAAAGGGAGCACCGCAUUGCACCUUGCUACAAGUUAUAAAACUGCAGAAGUGAUGUUGAACUCUGGGACGAUUGAUGUAAAUGCAAAAGAUGCAACUGGACGAACUGCUCUGCAUAUCGCAUCCGCAUCGUCAUGCCUACCUAUUGUCACGCAGUUACUUGAGCUCAGUGAAAUUGACCUCAACGCAGCACUCGAUGGGGAGACAGCAAUUCACUAUGCUGCAACCCAGGUCGUGUUAGAACCUAAGGUCGGAAAGGGUUGA